GGCACAGAGGGCGCGGGGGCCCGGCGGCACCAUGACUGAAGAUGACCGAGGCGGCGCUGGUGGAGGGCCAGGUCAAGCUGCGGGACGGCAAGAAGUGGAAGACUAGGUGGCUGGUGCUGCGCAAGCCGUCGCCGGUGGCAGACUGUCUGCUGAUGCUGGCCUACAAGGACAGGGCAGAGCGCGCCAAGGGCCUCCGGGAGCGAAGCAGCCUGACGCUGGAGGACAUAUGCGGCCUGGAGCCCGGCCUGCCCUACGAGGGUCUGGCCCACACGCUCGCCAUCAUCUGCCGUUCCCAGGCCAUCAUGCUGGGCUUCGAGAGCCGUGAGGCCAUGUGUGCCUGGGACGCACGCAUCCGCUACGCGCUCGGCGAGGUGCACAGGUUCCAUGUGACAGUGGCCCCAGGCACCAAGCUCCAGAGCGGCCCCGCCACACUUCACCUCUGCAAUGAUGUCCUGGUGGUGGCCAGGGAUGUCCCCCCAGCUGUCACGGGGCAGUGGAAGCUGUCAGACCUGCGGCGCUAUGGGGCUGUGCCCAAUGGGUUCAUCUUCGAAGGCGGGACCAGGUGUGGGUACUGGGCCGGCGUCUUCUUCCUGUCCUCGGCCGAGGGUGAGCAGAUUAGCUUCCUGUUCGACUGCAUUGUGCGUGGCAUCUCCCCGACCAAGGGCCCUUUCGGGCUGCGGCCGCUUCUCCCAGACCCGAGCCCCGGGGGGGCCUUGACCAUGGAGGAGCGCGCCACCCAGGAAGCCCUGCAGCUGGAGAAGCGGCUCAGUCUCCUCUCCCACUCGGGCCGGCCAGGCAGCAGAGGGGAUGACCGCAGCCUGUCCAGCUCAUCUUCUGAGGCCAGCCACUCGGACAUCAGUGCCAGCAGCCGACUGGCCACUUGGCCAGAGCCAUCCUCAUCCUCAGCCAGCACGUCACAGGAGGGGCCGGGGCCAGCCACUGCACGGGCCCUGCACCUGGGAGAGGCCUCGACUCCUGGAGAGGUGGCACUGGGCACCUCGCGGCCACCCCCUAAGCCACUUCGGCCCCGGCAGCUGCAGGAGGUCGGCCGCCAGGGCUCCUCGGACAGUGGCAUCGCCACGGGCAGCCACUCGUCCUACUCGGGCAGCUUCUCGUCCUAUGCUGGUAGCAGCCUGGAUGUGUGGCCGGCCACUGACGACUUCGGCUCACUGCUCAGCCUGCCACCCACGGUGGGGGCGCCCGAGCUGGGCCUGUGCACCUGCCCAGCUGGUACGGCCCCACGGGCAGCUGAGUACCAGGUGCCUGGUGCCCCGCGGCCGCACUACGACACACCCCGCAGCCUGCGUCAAGUUCCCAGGGACCAGAGCCCAGCCUCGCAGAGCAACCCUGACGAUGGCACAGCUGCCGCCGCUGUCACCACCGUUGCUGUCGGAGACUCGGGCAGCCAGAUGUCCACAGGGUGUCCCUCCAGCUGGCUGGGCACAGAACGGCGGGGGCUGGUGACGGAGGCUCUGCCGCCCAGCCCAGCUCCUGGCGAGCCCUGGGAGGCGGCUGGCCCACAUGCAGGGCCCAGCCCAGCCUGCUUUUCUGCCUGCCCCGUCUGUGGGGGAGUCAAGGUAAGGCCCCCUCCCUGAGGGCCACCGUCGGCCCCUUGGAUGGGAGAGCAGGGCAGCUGGCCUCCGGACAGAACCUUCUGUGCUGUGCUGUUCAGAGCCCUGGCCUCCUGUGCUGUGGCCAGGGGUGGGGUGCCCCAGGAAGUCUGUCUGGAUAGAGCUGGAAGGCUCCCUGGAAGGCUCCCUGGAAGGCACCCUGGAAGGCAGGAGGCUCUGGGUGGGUCAUUGGGGGCAGCAGAGCCCAGCCCCAGCCUCUCCGGCUGUGUGCUGGCACUCGGACCCUGCACAGGAUCUGGGGGCUCAGUGGGUGCUACUUCCCUGUUGGCUCCCACCUUGGAGUGCCGGGAACUGGGUGGACACAAAGCUAGACCAUGACACCUGGCCUCCCCCUCAGCUCCACUGCCCACCUGGAGGUGACCGGUUCAUAUAUCUCCCUUCCGGUUACCUUGACCCGCCCAGCACACAGUGGCUGAGACUAAAUCAUCCUUCCAGCAGCCGUGUGAAUAGAUGUGGGGCCGAGCCCCAGCUCCAGGUACCCGCGCCUCUCGGUGCAUCUCUCAGCUCUCCCUUCUCACCCUAACUGAUUCCUGCACACAUGCAGGGUGGGUGCAGCGUCCCCGCCCCAUGAGGAGGAGACUGACACUCAGGGUCCUGUGACUUGCAGGGCCUGGUUUGCACCCAGGUCUCAGGGGUUCCGGAACCUUGCUGCUCACCCCACACCAGGGUUUUCCUAAGCCCCUGAAAGGGCUCCUAGUGGGGAGGGCCUGGGGACAGGGGCCAGAGGGGACAGCUCAGCCAGCUGUACUGUGUUUGUCCAGUUUGUGGACCAGGGGAGGCCACCACCCAGCCCGCUGCUGCCGGCCACUGUCCUUCUGGGGACUCGGGACCAGGGGAUGAGCGUGCGAUGGAGGAGGCAGGGCUCCACCAGGGGGUGUCUGAUGCCAGCCCUUUGCAUUUGGAAGUGGGGAGCUCCAGGCAGGGCCUGGGCAGUCACCCCGGGUGCCAUUUAGGGGACCCCACCCUUGGCCCCAGGCUGCAUGCAGUACCAGCUGCUUUGUGCUGUCUUGUAGAUGAGCCCUGCACUUUAGCUGCGCUGCGAGAGGCCUCGCCUGUGUCCGUCACACCCCUUCUGGUUCUGGAAUCUCGGUGGCACCGUCCCAGGGUCACCAGCUCACCUGUAAACAUCCCGCCUGUACCUUCAGUUUGCCUGACGAUAUUGCUCUUUUACAACUUUAAACCUGACACUGCUUGUACUACCUUCUUAGC